AUGAAGUCCAUAAUCUUCAUUCGUGACCGAAAUUCUCGUGGUCAGGAGGUAUCAGCAUAUAUUGACUAUGCACACAGGCUGAAGACUGAUGAAUUUGAAGUGUAUUUUAAUGGAAAGAAAAAACUUCUUCCAAGACACACGGAUCUGAGCUUUUAUAACUGGGAUAGAAAUAUCAGCACUUCAAAUUCCAGCCCAAAUUACCAAGUGAUUGCAGAAAAUGCCUGUGGAUUGCUCUUCAAGAAUAAAUGUGACAGGAAAAUAAUAAAUGUGGAUCCUAAGGUUUACCCAGGAGACAACACAACUCGGACACCAAUUGAAACAGAUCUUUACCUCCAAGUAGUAAUCUAUGACCAUGUCCUCAGAAGAAAGAUCUAACAAGUUUAUUGGAUCGUCCUUCGAACAUCUGUUUACCAAGUUAGGCCAUUGUAAUUGUAAGAGAAAUAAAUACAUUUG